AUGUCUCCUUCUAUUCUCAUUGUGGGUGCCACAGGCAACACUGGCCAAGCUGUCGUUGAAACCCUACCGAAGUUGCUUCAAUCAAGCAAUGCCUUGUCUGACCACCGUGUCAUUGCCCUUACUCGUUCCUCAAAGAGUCCAGUGGCACAAAGACUUGCCAAGGUGUCUGGAGUUGAAGUGAUAGAGAAGAACUGGGUUGAUAUCACCUCCGACUGGCUCCGUGAGCAUCAAGUAACCAGAGCAUUCAUUGCCCCACACAAUAAUACGAACGCCUUCACCGAAGAGUCCACAUUCCACAUUGCUGCCUUGAAUGCCGGUAUCAAAUACGUCGUGCGAAUCUCGACCACUGCUACCAACGUCCGCGCAGAUAGUCCCGCUUUCUAUGCACGUACGCAUUGGGCGGUCGAGGCUCUCCUAAGCUCGCCCGAAUUCACCAACCUACAGUGGACUUCACUCCAGCCCAAUAUCUUUUCGGCGUUCUACCUUUCCCGUGCUGUUGAAUUUAUCAAACACUACCGUAAAACUGGAAAGCAGGGCCAUCUCAAGUUGAUAGUGUCGAAGGAUGCACCUGUCGGUAUAAUAGACUCUUCCGAGGUUGGGGUCUUUGCGGCUCAUCUCUUGUCCCAAGAAGACCCUUCUGUUCACAACAAGGCCAAAUAUGUCCUGAAUGGGCCAGAGGACAUUACUGGGCAGCAGAUGGUGAACUUGGUUGAGCAGUACAUCGAUACGCAGGUUGAAAAAGUCAGCUACCAGGACACAUCAUUCAUUGAACAGAUUUGGGAGCACCAGUAUGCGGGAACCAAUGAAUCAAAGAGCGUGAUUUCUUCUCUCAAAUAUGCUCUGGUGACAGCAUGGGAAGGAAAAUGUUCAACUUCAACCACGAGCAAAGCAGUACUGGAGAUCGCUGCACCCAAGAUUACACUUAAUGAGACGUUGAAGGGCCUUCUGGAGGAGUAA